AUCCAGAGAUAAAACCUCCCUCUCCUUCGCCCAUGGCGAGCUCCGCCUCCAUGGCCACGAUCUCCGCCUCCUCCUCCUCCUUCCCCUUCUCCCCUCACUCGAACUCUCGAAACCCUAGACGAAGAGUCCCUCCGAUCACCAUCUCCACGAACCCCUCCCACCUCGACCCCCUCCAGCUCCGCGACCUCCUCCUCUCCUGCAACCUCUCCUGCGACCGCUUCCCCCUCGCCGGCCCCUGCGGCCGCGCCGAGCCCGUCGACGCGCGGAAGCUCCGCCGCGCCCUCGCCCACAGCUUCGUCGUCGUCUCCGUCUUCUGCAGGGCCCAAUUCUUAGACCGGGACGACGAGCGCGAUGGUCCAGGGCUAGGGUUAGGAUUUGAAGAGCUCUUCGAGAGGGCGCUCCCCGUGUCGGGGUCCGAUCACCGGUUGGUGGGGUUCGGGAGGGCGGUUUCGGAUGGUGGCCUCACCGCUUCGAUUCAUGAUGUGGUGGUCAAUCCACUACUACAAAGGAGCGGUAUUGGUCGAAAAAUAGUUGAAAGAAUUAUCAGGGUACUCACUAGCAGAGGCAUAUAUGACAUAUCGGCCUUGUGUACAGAAAAGGAGAGGUUGUUCUUCAAGGCAUGCGGUUUCGGGGAGGACUCUUUGGGGUCUACAACAAUGAUGUACACUCGAACCGCCCCCAAGUUCUCUCAAGACAAUAUGACAGUGAGACCCGCCGGUAGAUUGCUGUUAUUGGUUCCGCCACUUUGUCGACAACUACACGCAUCUAAGAAGAUUAAAAGUUCAUAUAAAUGAACCAAAAACAGUUUAGUGAGGUGGGAAUUUACAUUAAGUAUUUUCCUUUUCCUUUUCAACCAAAAGGGCUUGUUCUUUUCCCUCUAUUUUAAUUUGAUGAACAAGUAUUAAGUCUUGCUUGUAA